AUGAACUUACUACUCAUUGCUUGUUUAUUUGCCCUUCUUACUCCCGUGCGUGCAGACGGCUGGGACGACUUUUCCAACAACCUUGCCACCGACCUUGCGCCUUUCUUGGCCCUCUUCGGCGAGCAAACCACGAAACAAUACCUUAGUGAGAGCAUAACUGCGCUCGAUUAUUAUAUCUUCUCGAUCGCGCCGAUAGGGAUCCUAACAGCCGUUAUUUCUGCGAUCCGAGUUUGCGGGAGUCCCUCGUUACGUGCCUUUAUCGGAAGAGCGCAAGAGGGCGGUGGGGACGCCGAAGCGGAGCUUUGUUCCUCAACAAGUCGCGACGUGUGUGAAUUGUACAACAACGGCGGCAUUGCACGAGUCUUUGGACGGCCCAAGAUUCUCGAGGUCGUCUAUGACCCGUCCAAAAGCACCGACGAGACGGCGGGAAUAUAUCCAUGUCGCGAAUUCGUUAGAAAGCGCCCAGACGAAUGGACUAGACACGACAAGUCUGUUGGAGAUGCCGCCGAUGAGUCUUCUGUCGCCAACAUCUUUGCCCCCAACCUGUCCUUGAACAUCGGCAUUAAGAGGCAGUCUACUGUCGUGUCCUGGACAGUCGCUGUGUCCGGCACAGUCUUACAAAUCGGCGUCUUAGCUUUUGCUGUCGUUGUCACAUACUGUCUAGGGUGGCAGAAGGACGGCAAGCGUCCGGACUCAUACGCCUGCCCAAUGGCCAUUGUUGGAACCCUCGUUGAAUGGGGCGGCAUGUUUCUUUGCGCAUAUCUUGUUGGAAAAACUAGUCGCAAACAAAUCUUCCACAGAAAUCGACAAUCCCUUGACAAGCAAUCGACACCUUCAUCUAUAUAUUGGGUACAGCCUGGAGGACAAGUCCUUGGAGAUCAAGUGUUUGAUCCCUUCUGCUAUAGCGAUCAUGAUCAGCCUCUAUUGCAGUAUGUCUCGUCGUGGAAGAAGCCAUCCAGAAGCUCAGACUCAGAACUUGUCUUGUGGGUUGCUGUCAGUACCACUAUCGUCGGCUUUGUGAUACAGUUUGUUGGGUUGCGGGGAAUCCACUCCGCAGUCUCCGUAGCUCAACUUGGAGCAAUGAUGGUGAUGAGUGUUGCUCGGUCUGCGCUCCGAAUGCAGCGGUUGAAACCGAACGACAAUUUUCUUCGCAGGUGUCCAGACGAGGUUGUUGGACACGAACUGGACUGGCUUGCUAUGCACAUU